GAGAGAUGAUUUCUCCCUGGAUGAAAACUUCCGUUUACUAGGACUUUCCUAGUUCCUUCGUAGCAAAACCCUAGACCAUUUAUUUUUGAACGGCGCUAAACCCUAGACCAUGGUCCUUGUUCGGCGCCAACAGCAAUUCACUUGGAUGCCUCCAAAAAGUUGAGUCUGAAUGCAGUAAUAUCUCAAAUCAAAUCUCAAAUCAAUUUGAAAAGUCCCAAACUCCGCAUUGACCGGAAAAAAACCAUAAUUGUUCCUCAUUCCGAUUCCAACGAUGCGGAACAGAUGCAUCGUAUUCUCAAAUGCACUGGUUUUUCGAAGGCCAUUGAUGUCUUAUGGCAAAAAAAUCAGAUCUUCUCUUUCGUUUACAGGUAUCGCCAAUUCGGUGUAAUUUCGUGCAUAACGAUAUCCAUUUGAUACAUUCGAAUUGAAUUUGCAUCUGUUGAAAGCCAACAUUUGUGUUUUGAUGCGUGCAAGCUGGUUCGGACGCCAGAGUUAUAGUAAAAUGAAACACCGUCGUGUUUGGGGUUAGAGGUGUUUUUGAGUGAGCCUGUAGAUUAAAAAGAAAAAAACGUCUGUGUUCUUGGUUAGAGGUGUUUUUUAGUGAAACCGUAGAUUAUGCAAAACCUAGAGAGGAUUUUGGGUAGGUAAUCCAAUCAGUCAAGUACGCGGUUUUGGUUAUCCUUCGAUUGGAAUUAGAUAGAGGAGAUGGAAAGGUGUGAAAGGGGGAGAGAGGAACAAGAUAAGUCUCCGGGUUCGAUAACUAAGGACUUCUCUAUUGGACUUUUAAGGCUUAUCUCUGUUUUGAUCAUAUUUGUGGUGAGUGUGGUUGUUGGGUUCAGCUUGAGUUCGCAUAUAUAUCAGUUUUUUAGCUUACAGACAAAUCAAUCAUAUAAGAAUUCUACGAUGGCGCCUAUGCCGGCUACUACCAGUAGUAAGAACUUUAGUGUUGUUUUGAAAUACGAGGAGGAGGAUUGCUUAAGCAUGGGUAGCUUUAUUAGUUUGAAGAAUCUGAUGGAUGGCAUGUCGGAUGAGGAGCUAUUUUGGAGAGCUUCUACGAUGCCGAAGAAGGUAGAGUACCCUUGUGAUAGAGUGCCUAGAGUGGCGUUUAUGUUCUUGACAAGGGGUCCGCUACCAAUGUUGCCGUUAUGGGAGAGGUUCUUUAAAGGCCACGAGAAGCUAUUCUCGAUCUAUGUGCAUGCACGCCCAGGAUACGAGCUCAAUGUAUCGAAUACAUCUGCUUUUUAUGGACGCCAAAUCCCUAGUCAGCAUGUUGAAUGGGGAUCGGGAUCACUAGUUGAUGCAGAGAGGCGGCUUCUAGCCAAUGCUCUGCUUGAUUUCUCAAACGAGCGGUUUAUGCUUCUCUCGGAGAGCUGCAUUCCCAUUCAGAACUUCCCCACUGUGCACCAGUACCUCACCGGAUCCUCCCACAGCUUCGUGGAGUCAUACUAUAAUCCCGCCCGAUACCGACGCUGGAUGUGGCCCACUAUUAGCCCUUCAGACUGGCGGACUGGGUCCCAAUGGUUCGAAAUGAACCGUGUUUUGUCUGCUACAAUAGUCUCAGACACCAAGUACUACACCGUUUUUAGAAAGCAUCCUAAACGCUCUUUUCACCCGGAGGAGCACUACAUUCAAACUUUCCUCCACAUGUUUCAUGGAUCCCUUAAUGAGAACCGGACCGUGACGUGGGUUGACUGGUCAGCUGCUGGCCUACAUCCUGCGACCUUUGGGAAAGCAAAUAUUACGGAACGUUUUGUGCAGUCGAUAAGGAAUAAUGGGACUUUGUGUUCGUAUAAUUCGGCGAAAACAUCUGUUUGUUACCUAUUUGCUAGGAAGUUUGAACCUAGUGCACUGGAGCCCUUGCUCAACCUCAGCUCAUCAGUGAUGGGAUUCUGAGACCUUUUAAUUUUGGGGGAGAUAAGGUUUUUCGUUUUCUACUUUUGUUAGAGUCACCCCAGGAUUUUUCGGUAGGGAUUUUAGUGUACCAUUGUCUGUUUUGGUGGUUUGUCAAUUACAAUGUGUAGCAGAUCAAGUAGAUAAUUUUGGGACUCAUACUAUGGCAAGCGGGGUCACCUGAUCCCACUGAGUUUCAAAAUAUCCCUAGUAUAGUUUUGAGGAUUUAUUUUGUAAUUUUGUCUAAAAAGAUAAUAUUAUCGUCUUAAAGAUUCCACGGAAUUUACAA